GCUUCAUUCCUUCUUUUGCUCAGAUCAAAGAAAGUCCCCUUCUUUCCAAAACACACACUCUCUCUCUCUCUCUCUUUCUUAUCUCUCUCUUCUCAUCUCUGCCAUUUUCUGGGGGUUCUCUUCUUCCUCUUCUUCUUCUUCUUAUGCUCUGUUUCUUUAAGUCAGAGAAAGACAGAGAGUACAAUUUUUUUUUCUAAAGUGAAAAGAAGAACAAGUGAGAACUAAAGGACCAAAUCAGUUUUGGUCUUUGUUUGUUUCUGAUUCGUCCUCACCUUCUUCUUCUCUUCUCCUAAAAGAGAAAACAUCUAAAGGCAAAAGAUUAUAAAAAAAAUGUCGGCGGGAGUGAAGCAAGGAGAAGAGGCGAUAGUGCCGAGCGGAAAUGACCACGAAGGAGAUCAGAUCAACGGAAACCACACCGGAAAAAUCGACGAACACGACGGCGCCGGAAGUUCUAAACUAAGCAAUUUUCUCUGGCACGGUGGCUCCGUCUGGGACGCCUGGUUCAGCUGCGCAUCUAACCAAGUGGCGCAAGUGCUUUUGACGUUACCGUACUCGUUCAGUCAAUUAGGGAUGUUAUCAGGAAUAGUGCUUCAGAUCUUCUAUGGAUUACUCGGAAGCUGGACUGCUUAUCUCAUCAGUGUUCUCUACGUCGAGUAUCGAGCUCGUAAGGAGAAAGAAGGCAAAAGCUUCAAAAACCACGUUAUUCAGUGGUUCGAAGUGCUCGAUGGGUUACUUGGCCCAUACUGGAAAGCAGCAGGACUCGCAUUUAAUUGCACUUUCCUAUUGUUUGGAUCUGUAAUCCAACUCAUUGCUUGUGCCAGUAACAUUUAUUACAUAAACGAUCACUUGGACAAGAGAACAUGGACUUACAUAUUCGGCGCGUGUUGUGCAACCACCGUGUUUAUACCGUCGUUUCAUAAUUACCGAAUUUGGUCUUUCCUCGGCUUGGGUAUGACCACUUACACCGCCUGGUACAUGGCCAUCGCCGCCAUUAUCCACGGCCAGACGGAAGGUGUGAAACACUCAGGUCCGACAAAACUAGUGCUUUAUUUUACCGGAGCUACCAAUAUCUUGUAUACCUUUGGUGGUCACGCGGUUACUGUUGAGAUAAUGCAUGCAAUGUGGAAACCACAGAAGUUUAAGUACAUUUACUUGAUGGCUACGUUAUACGUAUUCACACUAACGAUUCCGUCAGCUUCCGCCGUUUACUGGGCCUUCGGAGACGCACUUCUCGAUCACUCCAACGCUUUCUCUCUCCUCCCCAAGAACGCGUGGCGUGACGCCGCCGUUAUCCUCAUGCUCAUCCACCAGUUUAUAACGUUCGGAUUCGCGUGUACACCGCUUUACUUUGUGUGGGAGAAAGUGAUAGGGAUGCAUGACACGAAGAGCAUUUGCUUAAGGGCUUUAGCUCGAUUGCCUGUGGUUAUACCGAUUUGGUUCUUAGCUAUUAUUUUCCCGUUUUUCGGUCCCAUCAAUUCCGCCGUUGGUGCUCUUCUCGUUAGCUUCACCGUCUAUAUCAUCCCUUCUCUCGCCCACAUGCUCACUUACCGAUCUGCCUCCGCUCGUCAGAAUGCGGCAGAGAAGCCACCGUUCUUUAUGCCGAGCUGGACGGCGAUGUACGUGUUGAACGCUUUCGUGGUGAUUUGGGUUCUAAUAGUCGGAUUUGGGUUUGGUGGAUGGGCAAGUGUAACCAACUUUGUUCGUCAAGUCGACACUUUUGGUCUCUUUGCCAAGUGUUACCAAUGUAAACCAGCGGUUCCAGCAGCCGCCGCGCAUGCCCCGGUUUCCGGUUUACACCACCGUCUUUGAGAGACCUAGCCAGAGUCUAAUGCUUUUGUGGAGGUUUUAUUAAAAAAUUAUUUCUUUUGUGUUUUGUGUUCUGUGUUCGUAUACGUGAGGGAGUAAAAAGUCACGAAAUAGUGUACUUACACACCCCCUUUAAAUGCGUGCUAAGCUCUUAAUUUUUUUUCUCUUUGGGGUUUUGUAUUUUUGUUUUCACUCCGUAGGUUGAUAAUAUAGUCGGGUGUGAUUUCUUAAUUUGGUAUUGUUAAAACAAUAGGCUGAAAAAAUGUAUCGUCUUCUCUUC